AUGCUCAGCAACGAUAAUGGUGGAGCCGAAAACACUAAAACAACCAACACCAACUACGACUACAACUCAAUCGCGAGGUUUACGUCGGCCGAACAUAUUACAACGAUAAGCGCAGAGGCUAUGUUCGCGUCAGAUAUUCCUCAAAAGGACGGCACGCAAACACGACGACCGGCGGACAGGUACGAGCCAACUGCAUGGAAAGGAACGACGGCUUAG